CAGGAAGGCUGUGACGUAAUUGCCGCGUACUGAAAACAUGAUUAGGUUUGAACGCCUCCUGGUAGAAGAAAGUUGUUCAAGACCUGAUCCGGCAAACAAAUGGUGCGUCGCUGGUUUAGAAGUCCGCAGUCUCCACCGACUCAGACUUUCCAAUAGCUCAGCCGUGAGAGCACUUCACUGGUGCUCGAAGUUCGAGCUCUUCUCCAAGUGCCACAAUGUUGUUGUUUCAGGUGGACAUGGGGCGAUCUUGGCUGCCCAUUGGUCUCCUCCUCUGUGUCUGGUGCCCCGCACACGGACAGGAGCUGGACCAGACGCAGGGUGACUGGGACGACUGGGGCUCGGGUGUCCAGGACCUCCUGCUGGCCGGCUUCCCUGCGGACAGCCCCUUUGUCUCGGAGACCCCGGACAGACCUGUUAACUGCACCCAGCGCUUCUGGCUGCCCCCCUCCUCCCCGGUCUGCUGGGACGACGUUGUUGGGCAGGAGGAGUUUGAGCAGACCCGCCUGCUGGCUCUCCAGAACCGGGCAGCACUGGAGGCUGUGUCGGUGGCCAGCGGCCUGGACGAAGGAGGGCCCACGUACGAUGAACAGGCCCGUCAGGACGUGCAGGUGGUUCAGGCUGAUCACCAAGAGGUGGUCCAGACUGCCGAGACCAUGGAGAAGGUUUUCUUCUCUUUAGAGGACAAGAGGAGAGAGGGCACUGAGCAUUAUACCUUUUCCAGUAUAAAGGAGCAGCUGACCAACACCAGAGCCUCGCUCCAUAGUCGAGAGGAACUGGCCGCACUUCUGGAGGACAAGCUCUCCAUUCUGGAGAGGUCCCUGGAUCUCAUGCAACUUCGGCUAGCCAAACUGCUGGCACGGAGAUGGUAGCCAUGCCAACUGUUUUCAUGACUAUGCACGACUUAUAACUAACAUAUAAAACCCUUGUUUACAACGACCACUGAUUUCUGAGAUGUGUAUUUACCUGAUAGUUGGGCUUGUUAGAUGGGGAGGUAUUCAAGUUCUCAUCUACAUCGUUUUGCGCCUGCCAUCCUAAUGAUCCAGUGAAACAUACAUUAUGGUGGCGAGUGUAAGCCUUGAUAAUAAAAUCUAUUUUUAUACUCUCAG